CAGUACCUCGCAAGCCGAUUAUCUUCCUUUGACAUGGCAGCCCGCGUAAUAUCUGAAGCUGAGGCCGCAAAGUAUGACAGACAAAUAAGACUUUGGGGACUGGACGCUCAGAAAAGGCUUCAAGCAUCAACUGUUCUUGUUGUGGGCAUGUGUGGUUUAGGAGCUGAAGUGUGUAAGAACAUUGCUUUAGCAGGAAUCAAGCAGCUUACAGUGAUGGAUAACAGAUGUGUAACUGGAGAAGAGUAUGGAGCAAAAUUCUUAUUACUACCUUCUGAUAUUGGAAAGAAUAGAGCUGAAGCUUGUGUAUCUCGGUUGAAAGAGUUGAAUCCUAUGGUAGAAAUAUUGUCGGAUGUUGACAGUGUGGAUGAAAAGCAAGACUCUUAUUUCGCACAAUAUGAUGUAGUAUGUCUGACUGGAUGUAUUCCACACAUUAUGAAGAGAGUGUCUCGUAUCUGUCAUCAUCAUGGUGUCAAGUUCUUUUGUGGUGAUACUUGGGGAUAUUUUGGAUAUUUCUUUACUGAUUUUGGUAGUCAUCCUCAUCAAUAUGUUGAGGAGGAAACGAAGAAAGAAGAAUCAACACUUGUUAAGAAGGAAAUUUCUUUUGUGAGUUUAACUACUGCUUUGAACUUUGACCUGACAAAAUACAAGAAUGUCAAACGUCUUCCAACAUUGUAUUUUGUUUUGCAAGUGUUUCUUAGUUUCUUUGAAUCUUUUGGUCGGUACCCUUAUACAACUUCACAUGAUGACACUGAGAGACUGAUGUCUGUAAAGGAAGAUUUGUUUGAUCAGUGGAAGUUAGAUCAAUCCAUACUUGAAGACAGUUUUGCAAGGCACUGUAAGGCUGAAUUAAGUCCUGUGUGUGCUAUUGUGGGUGGAGUUUUGGGACAGGAAAUUAUUAAGGCUGUCUCAGGUCGAGGUCAUCCGUUGGAUAAUUUUUUCUUCUACAACGGUAUAGAUGGCAGUGGAAUUGUGCAUCAAUUCAAUUAACAAAGGUUGUGUUUCAAGUAACAGUGGCAACCAAGUAUUGAAAAACCAUGACACAUUGCAUCUUAAAUACUUCAAACAAAUUGAUAAAUUGGGAUUUGUGGGUAGGGGUUAACAAAAUGAUUUAUUUGAACAAGAAUUGAUUUGGCAGAUUUCUGAAUGUUUAGGCAAUACUUUAUUGCAUUAUUUACAAAUAGCAAUUUUGCAAAUACUGAUGUGAUGCUCGUGCACACAUACAAUGCUUUUAUUUAAAGAUGUAAAGUUAAUUAAAAUGGCUUAUCACGUCUUUCAAAUUAUGAGUGUGAUAGAACUGGAUUUUGGGAUUUUUAGCUAUUGAAAUCUGUAAAUUGGGACAUUUAGAAUCCUGAUACUCUGUCUCUGGCAGAAGACACUUUUUGUUGACGCAAAGUUUGUACAAAUAUUGGCUUAUCAGAGCAUUUUUCUGUAAAUUCAAUUCUUGGCAGUUUGAUGUAUGGAUUUCAUUUUAGCAUUGUUUUAUGGUUAUGUAAUUCACGUUGUGCUAGUAUUGUCUAUUUAUCUCAAAUGCUUUGGUCAGAACAAAUUACUACCAGUCGGGCACCUAAGGUUACUCAAACAGGAUAUUGAUAUUAUUCUAUGUACAUAAUCCAACAUGCUGGUUUCUCGAGAUGUGGCAAUAAUUUUGAUAUGUGUACUUAUUUAUACAAAAUUUUCUCUGCAUUGAAAGGCCAUUAAGUGCAACAUUGCUGAGUACAAUACAGUGAUUUUCCUACAAUACAUUUGAUGCCUCCUGGAAUGCAUUUGAGGAAGUUGGGACGUAGAUUUCAGACUGCCAGACACAUCCUAUUAUGUGCAUUCUUGUCUAAUAUGAAGGACCACUAAACUGACAAACCCUUGCUGCAAGCCUGCUACACUAAGUGUGCUCAUUACACCACUGAUUAUGUAAGAGCUGCUCUACUAUAUGUCAAAAGGUUUUAGCUGUUGGUCAGCUGAUCCUACAAGAUAAUUGGAUAAUCACCAUUGCUCCACCCAUUACAUCAGAAUAUGUCUUUGAUAUGCAAGCUGCGUCUUUGAUUUCCUUUGCAGGAAUGGUUUAGAUAACCUAAUAAACUUAACUAAAUAAUUAAUAAAAGAGAGCCAGGCGUGCUGCUGGCCCUUCAACUUCACACUUUCAAAUACCUGGUUUCCGUAUACCUGUGUGAGAUAGAUAGGUUAUAAUCAUACUACAGUGAUGACAGACAAACAGAUGGAGUACAUGUAUGCAAAUGAAAAACUGAAACGUAAAUACAGCAGGAACUCAACAGUACAGUGUUUUGUUGAAUUUAGUGUUUUUAUGAGCUGAAAGAUUAACACAUCACUAACUUUGGCCAUGCCUUUUGGGGCGGGGCUAAAGAUGCACAAUAGAUGAGGACGCAUGUUUGAA